UGUAGUAGGAAGUUUGGCGGGAGUUUUUUUGGGCAGUGUUGUUAUGUUCAAUUAACGUAGCCAUUCGUCCUCUCAAGUUCCUGAGUUUUUGUCCAAAAAGAGUGACUCUAUUCGCUUGCACCCGGAAGUGAUGUACAGUUGUGGUACACGAAGAUGCCGUGCUGUACAUUCUCAUCUUGAGCGGUGAAUUUGUGUUACCUCGUGGUUUCUCGUGUGACAACAGUUAAAUAUUUGGAAAAAAAAGAGCAAGCAUGAGCAGCUUGGCUCCAGGCCUGAGUCUUCACGCUUGUUGCUGUGAUGAAACAACAGUCUCCGGUGAUUCUGCAGACACUCAGGAGCUCUCCAAGCAACAACCUCUUCUAGGACUGAAAUUAGCAUCACAUGCAGUGCUGGAGAAAGUGCAGCAGAGGGGCAGGUCAAAGUGUGCUAAAUGCGGAGGAUCAAGGAUGUUCUUCUGCUACACAUGCUGCUUAUUAGUGGACAUCAAUCUGCAAGAAAUUCCCGACGUCAAGCUUCCAGUGAAGAUAGACAUCAUCAAGCACCCCAAUGAGACAGAUGGCAAGAGCACUGCUGUUCAUGCCAAGAUUCUUGCACCCGGUGAUGUCACUAUAUACACAUACCCCUGCAUUCCAGAGUUUGAUAAAGACAAGGUUGUGUUGGUGUUCCCUGGACCAGGUGCUGUCACAGUGCAAGACAUAAUGCAAUGUUUGCACGAGAGGACACGUAACCCCUCUGGUGAACCUUGGUUAAAGAGACGGAAAAUAGAAAAUGCACCAGCUGCCACACACACCGCAGAGGACCAUGAGUCAGGGACCGCAGAUAAAAGAAAGAGCUCAGAAUCAAGUGCACAUCCUCUCCAGAGGGUGGUCUUCAUUGACAGCACGUGGAACCAGACCAACAAAAUCAGCACAGAUGAGCGGUUACAAGACCUGCUCCAAGUUGAGCUGAAGACGAGGAAAACAUGUUUCUGGCGCUCUCAGAAAGGAAAACCAGACACAUACCUGGCCACGAUUGAAGCCAUCUACUAUUUUCUCAAGGACUUCCAUGAGCAAUGCCUUGCUCAAGAGUACAACGGAGAAUAUGAUAACCUUCUCUUCUUCUACUCCUACCUGCACACAGUUGUCAAUAAGUCGAUGGAUAGAAAGAAGGAAGCUUUGAAGAGAAGGGAAAAACAGUAAGAGACAGUAAAUCCUUUGGACAAGUUUACUUUGAUUUUUGGGACAGUAACUUUGAGUUGAGUCGUUGAAUAAAAUGCAGAGGAUUUACAAUGACAUAUAAGCCUGGUUGAUAUGUGAAUACAAGGAGAAAAGUGUCAACAGAUUUUGAGAGUGAACAAUUUUGGAUUAACACUUGCAUGUGCUAUUUGUGUAGCUUAUUUUUAUUUCUUGGUUCUGUAAACCACAAAACACAUUGCGUACAAAAUGAUCUUGGUUACCAAAUUGCAAGUUACACCAAUUUGA